GGGUCCCAAUCCGUGUGAAUCUGCCGGAAAAUCAGCUGUUUCUUCUUGUGUUUGUUUGGGGAGGAAAUAUUAUGUGUGCUUUGGGGAAGAAAGAGAGAAAAUACAGGACUUAGACGCCAUGACUGAUAAGGAGAUGGCACUACCAGGGUUUGGAUGUUGUUGUUAUGACGAUCCUGAGAUGCUCGGCGCUCCUCUACACGUACCAUCAGUUCCGUACACUUCAUAGAAUUGGGUCCAAGUAUAUUGUUGGAAUUGCAGGAUUGUUUGCUGUAUUUUCCAGUUUUGUAUUUUGCUGCUCCGUUAUCAAGCUCCUUGAUAGUGAUGUCUCAGAUCUGAAGGAUGCGCUGUUCUUCUUCUUGCUGUUGGUUGACCUCAGUAAGGCAAGCCUCCUGGCCCAGUUUGCCCUGUCUUCCUCUAACCAGACAGAAGUGCACACCAACAUCGCCUGUGGGAUGGCUCGCCUCGGACCCUCCCUCACGCUGGAUACAAUAGUCGAGGCGCUGGUUAUUGGUGCCGGAACGCUCUCAGGUGUCAGCCGCCUAGAACAGAUGUGUGCCUUUGCCUGCCUGUCAAUCAUAGUCAACUACGUUGUAUUCAUGACCUUCUUCCCUGCGUGCCUCUCCCUAGUUCUGGAGCUGUCAAACCGAUGUUCCUCUGGUCAGCCUCCAUGGCAGAUGGCAACUCUAGCCCGUGCGAUGGUGGAAGAGGAAAAGCCAAAUCCCGUUGUUCAGCGGGUCAAGGUUAUCAUGUCAGCAGGGCUCCUCUUGGUCCACGGGAUUACCCGGUGGUCUCUCUCCCUCACCGAUAGCUCCAGCAGCACGCAAGAUGUCCCUCAGUCUUUCAACUCUUCCACGGACCCCCAUAUCAUAGUGAGGUUGCUGAAUGCUGGGCUAGACCACAUUGUUUUCAUGGUGAUGCUGGUAGCACUAAUCAUCAAGUACGUCCUGUUUGAGUCACAAGGCCAGCUUGAAGAGAGUCUUAUUCAUGACAGUCUUAUUACGCCUCAAGACACUUUGGACAACUCAAGGAUAAAUAAUAAAGGGGGCUUAAACACGUCAGGAAUACUCCGCCAGCGCACCAGGAGCAGGACAACUAGUUGCAACUCACAGUGGGAAGAGAUCCCACCAAAGAAAACAGACUGUGGUUCUCAGACGGACAAGGAAGCAAUGAUCCUUAGGGGAUAUUGUCUUGAAAAGGAGGAUGAGAAACCCCCAAGAAGCAUCGAUGAAUGUCUUCUGAUCAUGAACUCUGAAGCAGGUGUGAGGUCCCUGACCGAUCAAGAGAUAGUGCAAAUGGUGGAGAAGAAGCAUGUGCCAGGAUACAAGUUGGAGACAGUGCUAGGAGACCCACUAAGGGCAGUGGCCAUUCGCAGGAGUGUCGUUGCACCGCACACUGCAUCCCAGAAUUCCUUGGAGACUUUACCCUUUGAUCACUACGAUUAUACAAAGGUAAUGGGAGUGUGCUGUGAAAAUGUCAUAGGGUACGUGCCAGUACCAGUUGGUGUCGCAGGGCCACUCUUGGUCAAUGGGAAAAAGUACAUGAUACCCAUGGCAACAACUGAAGGCUGCUUAGUAGCCUCGACAAACCGUGGAUGUCGAGCACUUGUUGGUGGUGUCAAAAGUGAAGUGAUCCGUGAUGGCAUGACUCGAGCUCCAAGUGUAAGGAUGCCCACAGCUGCCCAAGCUACGCAAGUGUACAAGUGGAUUCGGAAGAAGGAGAACUUUGCCAUCAUCAAAGAGGGAUUCGAUUCUACAAGCCGGUUUGCUCGUCUUCAAGAUUUGCACGUUGGUUUGGCAGGAAGGUUGCUCUACAUGCGCUUUGUGGCCCAGACUGGUGAUGCUAUGGGGAUGAACAUGGUCUCAAAGGGUACAGAAGCAGGACUAAAAGCCUUGAAGAACCAUUUUCCAGAGCUUGAAGUUUUGAGUGUCAGUGGCAACUAUUGUGUGGACAAGAAACCAUCUGCAAUAAACUGGAUUGAGGGUCGUGGGAAGUCUGUAGUUUGUGAAGCUGUUGUUCCUGGCAAAGUGGUAACGUCAGUCUUGAAAACCACUGUCGCUGCUCUCGUGGAGGCUAACGUGACGAAGAAUUUGAUUGGGUCCUCUUUAGCUGGUUCCAUUGGAGGCAACAAUGCCCAUGCUGCAAAUAUUGUGGCUGCUGUGUACAUUGCUUGUGGACAGGAUCCGGCCCAGGUCGUGGGUAGCAGCAAUUGCAUGACACUGAUGGAGUCUUGGGGCGAGUACAAUGAGGACCUCCACAUCACGGUCACGAUGCCCUCACUAGAGGUGGGAACGGUCGGAGGUGGAACGGGACUUCACCCACAGUCUGCCUGCCUGAACAUGCUGGGGGUCAAAGGUCAGUCCGUGGGUGCCCACAAAGACACUCCAGGAGAGAACUCCUGCCAGUUUGCCAAGAUCUUGGGAGCAACAGUCCUGGCCGGGGAGCUAUCACUCAUGUCAGCUUUGGCAGCAGGGCAUCUAGUGAAGAGUCACCUGGCACAUAACAGGGCCAAGGCCGAAGUGCCAGCCUCCAGCUCCUCCCCAACUCCCACACCUGCCCCUGCCAGUGGCACAAAAGUAGUCGAGGAAACAAAAGCAGGAAGUGAGGCAGCUCCUUCUACUGAGAGUAGCCGCAGCCAAGAGGGGGAAAAGGAGAAUGGGAUCACAGGGAGCGUUCAGGCAUGCAAAGAUCCAGCAGACCUCUCUGUUCCACACUCAAGGGAGAGGUAGAGGAGCUGUGGUAUAUAUAUUUUUACAGACGCUGAAUCCAGAAGAUUCGGAUUUAUUUAAUGAAAGUGUAGUUAGUAGAGGAAAACCCGGAGGAUUAGUAGGAAAAAUACAUACACUGUUUACUGUGUACCCUGAAAUGUAAAAGGUAGAUUAGGAUCUAAUAGUAUCAUCAUCAUUGAUAGUUGUUUUGUUACCUCAUUUGUUGCUGUUUUCAUGCAUACAUCACUAUUAACAUAUUUGGGUAGCUUUUUUCGUAUGGUCUGUCUGCAAACCAAAUUGGAGAGACAUACCUGUGUUUGGUUUAUAUGUUCAUAUAUUUGUCAAGCAGUAUUUCUUUAGAAAUGCUCUCUUUGUGAAUGUGUUUUCAUUUUGCCAUCAAUUUUCCUUCUUUCAUAUUGAGGUGAUCAGUUGCUUUGCCUCCUAGGCUAAAUACAAAUUAAUUUAUUUAAGUCUUUGAGUAUAUGUAUAAGUAGAAGGAAAAGAAAUGAUGAUUUGUAUGAUAUUUUCUUAAGAGAUCAAAUAUUUUGUAAAAAGUUAAUUUAUCAGAUCCCUUAUUUAUCUUUUGUAAUUUAUUAAACCAUAUGUAAAUGUGUGAAAGAAAAGUACUGUUUCCUAUGUAUAUUAUGUCAGAAUCUAUAAGCUUCCAUUCCUAUUUUGUGCAUGGUGUCUUUAUUCAGGUAAACGAAGAAACAAGAAUAUACAAUUCAGAAGCUUUUUUUUAGAAUGAAGAUUUUGAACUUUCCUUUGACCUAAAUUGUAAAAACAUAUUGCAAGUAAUCAUAGAUGAUGUGACUUCUCAUUUGUAUUUUUUGGGUGAAGUGCAAGAUGUCCAUGACAAUAAUUUGGGGCACUUCUGUUAAGAUUAAGGAAGGAUAGUGUAGCAAGGGGUUGGGGAAGAAUUAACUUCUGAGCAGUCUAUCAUUUGUAACAUUGAAAUUACAUGUGAAAAAGUUUU